AUGGGGGCAUUGCAAAGGAUGAUCAGAGAAAUGAUGGAGCCUGAAGCCAGAAGGGGAGAGAGGCGCACCUACAGAAAGCCAUAUCCACCUUACAUUGAUCAUAUACCCUUAUCCCUAGGUUUCAAAGUACCAAACUUCACUUUGUUUAAUGGAGAGGAUCCCCAUGCUUCAUCAGUCGAGCACAUAGGCAGAUUUUCUGUCCAGUGCAUAGCCAUAGAGAAUAACCCGCUGUUAAAGCUAAGGCUUUUCGGGAAUUCUCUCUCUGGACAAGCUUUCACUUGGUACACCAAUCUACCAGCAAAUUCUGUUCAGACUUGGGAAUAUAUGGAGAGUGUCUUCCAUGACUACUAUUACAGGAUUCAGCCAGAAGUUAUCAUCAGUGACCUUUCUGCCCUCAAACAGAGUGAAGAUGAACAUGCCCAAGACUUUAUAACCAGGUUCAGGAAGCUCAAAAUGAAGUGCUGA